AUGACGACGACCCUCUCGCUCGGGGCGGUGCUCGGCAAGGGCGCGUACGGCAUGGUGUACCAGGGGUGGCUCCGCCAGCCGGGCCAGCAGGGUGCAGCCGUCGCCGUCAAAGUGGUGGAGGACCUCGGUGGCUCAAACAGCUCGGACCAGGUGCGGCACGAGGUGCGGAUGAUGCGCGCGGCGUCGCACAAGUGCAACGUCGCGCUGCUCGCCGAGUUCGUCUACCGCGAGAAGGCUUGGCUCGUGCUCGAGCUCUGCGCCGCCGGCUCCGUCGCCGACCUCGUCUCGCCCCGCCGCGGCGGCCGCACGCUCGACGAGCGGCAAAUCGCGGCGGUGAGCGCCGGCGCGGCGCGCGGGCUGGCGCACCUGCACGACGUGUGCUCGGUGGUGCACCGCGACGUCAAGGCGGCGAACCUGCUGCUCACUGCCGGCGGCGAGGUCAAGCUGGCCGACUUUGGCAUAUCGCGGAUCCUCGAGGGGAGCGCGAUCCAAGGCACGGUGAUUGGCACGCCGAUGUGGAUGGCCCCGGAGCUCAUCAUGGGCUCGGUCGAGACGGCGGGCGACCUGUGGUCCCUCGGCAUCACGAUGAUCGAGAUGGCGCAGGGCGAGCCUCCGCUCGCGGCGGUCAAGCCGCACCACGCGCAGCUCUUCAAGAUCGUGAGCUCGGACCCGCCGAAGCUCGCGCCGCCGAGCGAGGCGGCGGAGCUGCACCGCAGCCUGUAUGGCACCGAGCCGGCCGCCACCGUCGGCGAGUGGAGCCCCCACUUCGUCGCGCUGCUGACGCGCUGCCUCCAAAAGGAGCCGUCGGAGCGGCCGCGCGCGAGCGAGGUUGCGGGCGAGCCUUGGUGCGCCGACGCGUCCCCCGCCGCGUUGCUGCCUCGCCUCUCCGUCAAGGAGGAGGAGGUGAAGGAGGCGGUGUUGCCCGCCGGAGAGGCGCCGCAGGACGGCGGGGCGGGCGGCGGGGCGGGCGGGCCGACGCCGCUGCCGUCGCUGCUCGGGGAGGACGGCCCCCUCCCUGGGAUGCUGCGGGUGGACUGCGUCGUCGGGUACGACGAGUCCGCGGCGGCACACGACGCCGCGGUCGCUCGCCGCUUCGCGUCCGAGCUAAGCACCUCUGCCGGGCAGCGCAGCGGAGGUGCGGAGGGCCGCUCCUCCUCCGCAACUUGCGAGUUCGGCGCCGCGACGCAAAAGGUCAAGCGAGGCGGCUCGCUGGAGGCGGAGGCGGGCGAGGCGGCCGUGCAGCUCGAUGCGACACUGCAGCUCGAUGCGACACUGCAGCUCGAGGCGACGCUGCAGCUCGAGGCCACCCUCAAGCUCGACGCGACCGUCAAGAUCGACGAGCCUGCCCCGCCGGCGAAGCCCACGAAGGGGGUGCGCGUGAUGCGACGCGCCUCCACCGGCAGACCGGCCCCGUCCGCAGCUGCGCCAGCCGGCCCGCGCCCUUCCCCGCUGCGGAUCAGUCGUGCGGCCGAGCCCUCCGCCUCCUCCUCCUCCUCCUCCUCGGGCGGGUGCGGCGGCGGCGGCGGCAGUGGCCGCAGCAGCACUCGCGAGCUCGACGCCGAGGUGCUCGAUGCCGUCGAGAAAGCCCAGCUCUCCGCGCGCCGCUCCCUGU